AUGGGCAGCAAAUUUGACGGCAAUCUCGAAAGUCUUAUAGAAAACAAUGAAGCCUGGGCCGACGGACAGGAGCCCGGCUUCUUUUCUGAACUAGCCACGCAACAGAAGCCAAAGAUUGUUUGGUUUGGAUGUUCUGAUUCAAGAGUCCCAGCUGAGACAAUUGUUCAACUGGGGCCAGGCGAGAUAUUCGUACAUAGAAAUAUAGCCAAUCUAUUUCUUCACACAGACUUGAAUUCUCUCUCUGUGCUCCAAUAUGCCGUUGAGCAUUUGGGUGUUGAAUAUGUUAUAGUUUGCGGUCACUAUGGCUGCGGAGGUGUAACAGCUUCACUCUCUACCGGCCAACACGGAAUAGUAGACAACUGGCUCCGAAUGAUCAAAGAUAUUUACCGCAACAACAAACAUGAUGUCGAUUCUCAUUAUACCAAGAAAGAACGUAUCAACCGUUUGGUAGAAUUAAAUGUUGUUCGACAAGUGAAUAACAUAGCCUCCACUCCUAUAGUCCAAGAAGCAUGGGCCAACGGACGUAAACUUGAAGUGCAUGGUUGGGUGUAUGAUUUAGAAACUGGGAGACUGAAAGAUCUUGAAUGCAACUCAUUUGAGGGAGUCAAAGCAUUAACCACAGCACGAAACGGAUCAUCAGAUGCAUAA